UCUGUUUGUGAAUGAAGAUGGGAUCCUUGUUUGUGUCUCUGUCUCUGUCUCCGAUUCUCAUCUGCUUCUGCCUCGUUUUUCCGCUCUGCACGACCCAGAAAGCCAAAGAUAGGAAGAGUGUUGGCGCGAGGGACACCGAGUUCGUGGACAAGUACAGUGUUUGUGCACAGGGUCCUCCUGGAGUGCAGGGACGUGAUGGUAAUCCUGGUGUGAACGGUAUUCCUGGUACUCCAGGAAUUCCCGGCCGCGAUGGGGUGAAGGGGGAGAAGGGCGAGUGUGUGACGGAGAGAUUUGAGGAACCGUGGAAGCCGAACUAUAAGCAGUGUGCGUGGAGCUCGCUUAAUUACGGCAUCGACCUCGGCAAGAUCGCUGACUGCACGUUCACUAAGCUGCGGUCAGACAGCUCCCUGCGUGUGCUCUUCAGCGGCUCGCUCCGCCUCAAGUGUAAGACGGCCUGCUGUGGACGGUGGUACAUCACUUUCAAUGGUGCCGAGUGCACGGGUCCGUUACCCAUCGAGUCCAUCAUCUACCUGGACCAGGGAAGUCCAGAACUCAACUCCACCAUCAACAUGCACCGCACCUCCACAGUGGAGGGCCUGUGUGAGGGCAUCAGCGCUGGUCUAGUGGACGUGGCGAUUUGGGUUGGGACCUGUGCUGAUUAUUCCCGUGGAGACGCCUCCACAGGCUGGAACUCUGUAUCCAGGAUGAUCAUCGAGGAGCUUCCCAAAUAAUUCUCUGUCUGUCUGUUUGUCUGUCUGUUUGUCUGUCUGUUUGUCUGUCUGUUUGUCU